UUGGAUGCACAUCCAUGGUUUCAGAGUUUGUUUUUUUGUUGUGGUAAAGAGCAAUGUGAGAGGGUUCGUCAGGUUUUCCAUCACCCACCUCCAUAUUUCUUUUAAGAUUAAGCUGACAGGUACAAACCAUUGGUGUUUAAUCAGAUUAUUCUAAGGUUGUCAGAGUCUUGCUUGAACUUUGUUGAGCUUGUCUGUAGAAAUUAUGUUGAUUAUGAAGGAAAAGUUAGAGUUAAGUUUGUCUAAAAUUUCAAAAUACCAUUUUAAACAAUGUUUAAAAAAUGAUCAAAAAGGUUGAUUAUUUUCAUAAGACCCCAUUUUGGUACUGUGCUUGGACCCCGAUGAUUGCCGGUUGUAGCUGUAGGUAUUAUUGUAAUGUAAUUUAUAAAGAGUUCCUUAGUGCUCGUAGCAGUCACUCUACACUGGAAUCAUGUUCUCCACGUCCUUAAGCAUCAGUUUCUAACUAAAAGCUAAGCUGCAGCUGAUUGUGUUGGUUGCCAACAAUGAUCAUUUACACAUACUGCCCUUUUUUAAAGCCCACCAAUAGAAAACUACUGAAGGAAUUUAGAACGAGUGAAUGUGAAACCAAAACUUUUCCUUUGGAAUCAACUCCACCCUGGAGGAGCUGAAGAAGGAGGAGGGUCUUUUUUUCUGUGAUCUCCUCAAAUCAGCAGGAAAACCACAGAGGAGGAAUGCAGCGUUUACAUUAUCACUUCUUUUAAGAGUUCUGUAUACAGGUGGGACACAUCGGACUGCAUGACGGACUCCAGCGAAAGGGGAGCAGUGGAACCUGAAUGUCUGGGAUUUAACUGCUGCUGUAAUGGCACUUCUCUCAUAUUUGGUUUUGCUCCUGGUGGCUCACAGUGUUUCAAUUGUUCCCAAAGAGAGACACUCCCUGUAUCACACUGCUCUUGCCAGCCCGUCACAAUAUGGGAACUGGGAAUAUAGGUUCGUUGUCCUGCUUGAUGGUAUAGCUUUCUACUGUUAUGGCGAAGGCAGGACUUGUAUCGCAUGGAGCCUCAAAACAAGAUUGACGAAUGUGACUGCCAUACUUAACACUGAUUUUCAAAUGUCCCGCUAUCUUCUACAAGCAGUUCCUUCUUAUGAUUCUGAUGACACUGGACGGAUGUCAGAUGAUCAUGUGGAAAAGAGACCCGGCUGUUGGAUGCAGGAAUUCUGUCCAUGUGAGGGAUUCUUUGAUAAUUGUCCAGAUUCUUACUCUGAGCUCAGAUUUGGCUGUGAGGUUGAGAGAUCCUCCAGCGGAGAUAUGACUCUACUGAACACUACGGCCGAUUACAGGCACAACGGGAAGACCAUCCUACACUUCAGUUUCCACGAGGAUCAGUGGGAAGUAACGCAUAAACAGUUCCUACCAGUUAAAACCAGAUGGGACAGAUUACUUCACGUCAAACAAAUCAUCAAGAACUACGUGCAGCAAAAGUGUAUGAACAGACUGAUGACUUACCUGAGAUUUUAUGAGGAAAAUGAGGAAAAGAAGAAGGAACAGAAUGACGUCUUUAAUGUUAUAAAAGACGCAAACGUUACAAAAAACAAAAAAUCUGAUGCAAUUCCUAAAGAUAAGGAUAAGGAGGGGAAUUGGGAGAUAGGGGAAAACUGGCUAUCUGUAAUUAUCAUAUGCAUAAUAAUUGUCUGUGUGGUUAUGGUUUUGAUUGUGAUUCUUUUUAUGAUAUUGAGAAGAAAGUUUGCACGUCGCACAGUUGAGGCCGCCUACAGAGAAGACCUGAAUGAGCAGCAGAGCCAAAUCCUGCCCAGGACAAUUCCACUUGUUGUGCUGAAGAGUGAAGAUCAGGAUGGAGGAGAUUCAGUUCACACUCCGAUGUUGGAGAGUAAAGAUCACGAUGGAGGAGAUGCAGAAGAACCUAAGAAAAGAUUCAGUAAUCCACUGAAAAAUCUACCUCCAGUUUUGGCUGAAGCUGAGAACGACGAUGAUGAUGAUGGUCAGAACCUCAGUCAGGACAGACCCACUCAGACUGCAGGACUGAUCGCAGCUGGAGAGAGACACUCCCUGUACCACAUCUACACUGUUCACUACAGUUUGUCACAAAACAGCAGUAACAUCACCGAGUUCACUGCUGCGGUCCUGUUUGAUGGUGAACAGGUAGACUACUCCAGUGAUAGCAAUGACAGGGUCUCAGAACAGAUGGAAGAGUCCUGGAGAAAUAGAGCCACAAUGAGGAAAGAGCACCAGACGGUUUUAAAUGAAUUUGACGGUUUUAUCCACCUUCUGGAACUCAGUUCUAGAGAUGAUCAUCACUUUAUAAAGCGACGUGGCUGUGAGGUCGAGAGAUCCUCUAGUGGAGGUGUGACCUUACUGAACACUACAGAUGAAUACACACACAACGGAAAGGUCGUCCUCUAUUUUGAUGUUCACAACUAUCAGUGGAUGGUCCUGGACAAUGAGUUCCUUCCAGUUAAAGUAAUGUGGGAUAAUGAACCCCAUCGUAACCAAAUGACCAAGGAUUACCUGCAGCAAAGGUGUAUGGAUAGACUCCUCAGUUACCUGGGUGAUUAUGAUGGUGACAGUAAUGAGAUGCCAAGGCCUCCCGAUGUUUAUGAUUAUGAUUAUGUUGACUAUUCAGGCUAUUAUUCUCUAGACUCUUUUCCAGAUGUACCACCUGUACGUCUGGUUCUCUCAACCAAAAUGUUCAGCCUGACCAUGAUUAUUAUUAUUGUUCUGGUGGUCAUUUUUGCGCUGCUCAGAAGAAGGACUGUUACUACCACAAAAUGCUCAUUAAUUAAUGGAGUGAUUGACCAGGUUCUUUUAAGUUUUAAGAAGAGGAUAAGGAAAGAAAAAGCUGCAGAACCUCCAGGUAUAGAAGCUUCCAGAGAGGAACUGAAAGCUGAGGAUGAGGAUGAUGAUGGUAAGAACCUGGACAGAUGGUCUCAGAAUGAAGGACUGACCCCAGCUGGAGGUGAGAUCACCUGUUCAUCACCUGAUCUGGUAAUGAUCCACAAUCAUGCGUUUGUGAGCUCAGACCAGGCCUUCAACCUGGUGGUGGUAGUAUGAGGGAGAACUGAUUGAGGCAGGGGGGAGAACUCUGAGAACUGGGGCUGGAGUCCUGGGCACCUUCUGCCUGUAGCUAGAAGGCCAGAUCCCCCCUAAUAGCUGUAGUAGGACUAAUGCAGGACUGAGGAACGGGGAGGAGAUGGGGGGGCGGUGGGGAUUACACUCACUUCGUCACCGGAACGGAAGGUGAGGAUGUGGAUUUAUAGGGUGUUAGAUUGAAAGAAGGAGGGGUUUCAGCCAUGCUCCUACCCCCAAACUUUCAGUUAUAACGUAACUACAUUAAAAGUUUGAGCACCCCAGUUAAAUGCUGCGUUAUUUUCUUAGUGAGAGUAAGAAGCACAUCCUCUACAGACACACACCUACAUUUGCCAUUUUUCUGCCAAUUUUAACACACAAUUUCUGUUUAAUUUCAUAUUCAGUUUAAUAUGUUGGAUGGACUAUAAAUCAACUUGCACAGACCAUAUUUCAUGUUUAAUUUGAUUUCCACUAUGUUAAAUUCAGUGAAUGAUCAGUAAUUGAACAUGAACUUGUUUAUCAUCUCUCUGCAGUAAAAAUCUCCAAAAUAGCAACUUUACAGGAGAGGACAAAAACAGCCUUUACUUUUAAUGCAAGUCAAUGGAAAGAGAGUUUUUCUAAGCAAUUUUGUUGCAUUUUUAUUGGUCCAAUCAUCAUGAAACUGUCAGACAGUAUAAAGAACGGCUGCUGUGCUCAAAAGAUGUAGAGAAGUGAAAAUUGCAAAAAAUGCAGACACGUUUUUUUUCCUUUGUACAGCGACAAUAUUUGGCCAGGGUGCCCAAACGUUUGUUUUCUCUAUACAAGAAAUGAUGUCUUUCUAAAUAUUGUUUACAAAUCUACUUUAAGCCAUGUUCAAAUAUCAAAAAUAGCUAAUUAGACCCGUUUCUAGACUCAUAAAUCUGAAUUGCCUGAAACUCACUGAAUUCUGACUGCUUCAUUUCAGAAAGAUUCACUCGCUCACUGGAACAUCUACACUGGGUUAGGUCUUCAAUGGACCAUAUGGCUCCAACUUUGAGCAAUAUUGGGUGUUUUAUAAUUAUUUCAUAUUCAAUCUCAAAAUCAUAUAAUUAUUACAUCAUAAAUCUGAUCAGACAAAUGUAAUAAUCUGUACUCGGUGUUUAUUCCUGCUGUUCACUGUGCUUUUAUUGUUACUCUUCAGAAGGAUCUACUGCUUCAAUAGAUUUACCUCCAGUUAAUUUUGGUUAUUUUUCGUUUCAACUUCAUUUUCAGCUUCCAAAUUAUGUAAUGGCAUCAAUUUAUUGCAUGAAACUUACAAUAAUUUUUGAAAAAUGAUUAAAUUGUCAUAUUUAUCAGGUAAACAUCUACCAGUUUUAUGGUCCUUUUUCUUGCUCUCUCUCUCAGGCGAUGGUGAUGGAGAUGAUGGUGGUGGUCAGUACCACAAUAAGAACAGGCAGCCUCAGACUGCGGGACUGGACUGAACACUGAAUCCACACCAAUCAGAACAAACACAUGCACAGUCUGAUCUUCUGUAGAUCAUCUGUUACUAAACUGAUUACUGAUCUGUAGGCUUUGGGACAUGAAUAUGUUGCUGUGUUGAGCCGCAUGUUGUUUGUAAUCUGAAAGUGUUUAAAAAGUAACCACAGAAAAUUUAGACUAAUCUUUCCACCGUGUGUGCUUCUGUUUCUCUUUAACAGGGCAGCUCGGCUCUAGAACCGCCUCUCUCCCUGCGUUUGGGAAGUGUCUGGUAGAGCAUUUCUAACCUAUGGAGUGAGGAAUCAGGAGAGCAGGGAGUUUUCCCGGUGGGCUGGUAGCGUUUUGGGGCCGGUUACUGUGAGCCACGAGCGCCGGGGAUCCUGUUACCCUGUCUGAACGUUGCUUCUUUCGUUUUAGUUGAAGUAUGUGCUAAGGAAUUCAUUUAAAAGACAUUAUAUGAAGUUAAAUAUGUUACAUGAAUGUGUUUUAAGCUCCAGAAGUCAGUGUUUAAGCUAGAGCUGUAUCGUACUAAACUAAACUCAAUGUGAGAUCUUUUACUGUUAACUUGACACUAACAUGACACUGUAAAACUCAUAGAGAAUAAAUCCAACUUACUGGAUA